GGCAGGCAGGCAGGCCACUCUCAGCCACUGCGCAGCUCGCUGACCAGCUCACUGUAAAACACUCCAGGCUGACUGCAGAAAACAGGAGAGAUAGAUAGAGACAGUGAGAGGAAGAGAGAGAGAGAGAGAGAGAGAGAGAGAGAGAGAGAGAGAGGAAGAAAAAAACGCAAGAGAUACACACUAGUGGGGAAUAAUCCUCCGUUUUACCUCACUGACAGACGUUCACUUCAGAAACCCUGGACUCAGACAAAGUGGGACAGAAGUUUGUGGAUAAAUAUUUGAAGGAUGCAGGAUGUGAGCUGGAAUGACACACUCCCCCGCUCAGUGCUUCUAAAGGAAGCGUGUCCUCCAGGGGGUGUGUCUCAGGAUGGAGAUAGAGGCAUGUUUUUGGAGGCAUCCUCGGAUGGCAAAGUUUACCUGGCAGAGCUCGAGGGAGGAGAUGGGGAUUUUCUGGAACUCUCUGCCUUCCUAAGUCAGGACGAGAUUAACCGCAGUCUGGACCUGGCUCGAGAAGCCAUGAGUGAUGCAGGUGAUCCCUGUGAUGACUCUGAUCUGCCACUUCCUGCCUCUUUACCCAAAGAGUUUGAGCCAGCACUCCACUCCCCACCCACUCCCCAAAACUCCACCCCUCAGCAUUUAACUGCAGCAGAGAAUCAACCUCUUCAUUUGCCACCCAAAGGCACCACACUGCCUAAUUCUGUUGCAAUGGCAUCAUCAAAUCCAGCUGAAGCUAAUUCUGUCAAGGUUACAUCCAGUCAGAGCGUCCAGCUCAACAGAACCACUCAGGCCCGUACAGGCCCUGAACCGCAGGCCUACCACAAGCCCAGCGUGCCUGUUUACAAGCAGGAUCGUCCCCGGUUGGUCCACGGAGGUCUGGAGGUCAAUGAACGAGCGGCUUCCACUUCUGAGUUCUGCAGCCGGGCUGCCACCUUCAUCGAGGAGCUCUCCUCUAUUUUCAAAGGGUCUAGCCGCUUUGAUCACCAGGAAGACGAUGACUCCUCCUCACCUGACAGUGGCUACUUGUCCCCAAAGAGCUAUAAAUUGGCAAUGCAGCAGGCUCGAUCCUCUUCAUCAUCUGCAUCUUUUUCCUCAGAAGUGCAGCAAGAAGCUGCUCUUGAAGGCAAGACAGAGAUGGAGUCGGAAAUUGAUGAGAAUGAGCAUCAGGUUGGUGAGAUCAGUAUGGACGGGUCAAUGGCUCCUCCUCGAUUCACCCAGAAGCUGAGGAGCCAAGAGGUAGCGGAGGGAAGUCCCAUUACUCUAGAAUGCAGGGUGACAGGGAACCCCCAGCCAUUGGUCAGGUGGUUCUGUGAGGGGCGGGAGCUGCACCACUGUCCUGAUAUUCAGAUCUGGCAGGAUGGUGACCUGCACACGCUGGUGAUUGCUGAGGCUUUUGAGGACGACACGGGCAGGUACACCUGCGUAGCCUCCAACGCUUUGGGAGCAGACAACACCUCUGCUGAGGUCUACAUCGAGGGAGCCUCAUCUUCAGACUCAGACGGGGAAGGAUCAGCGUCCAAAUCUAAGUCAGGAGCCAUGCCGCAGGCUCAGAAGAAAACAGCGUCAGUGUCCUUGACCAUUCGUACAUCUUCACCGAAAAGCCCUGAUAAACCAUCACUCCGCUCCACACUGCUCCAGCCACUGUCACAGAGAGUUCAGAGCCCUGUCUCCUCACAGUAUUCUGGUGAUGGACUUGUCUCAGCUCCCCCUACCUUCACCAAGUUGUUGCAGGACGCUCAGGCAUGUGAGGGGCAGCUGGUGGUUCUGGAGUGCAGGGUGAAAGGAAGCCCGCCGCUCCGGGUCCAGUGGUUCCGACAAGGCCACGAGAUCCAGGACUCUCCAGAUUUCCGCAUCCUUCAAAAAAAGCCGAGAUCUACAGCAGAGCCUGAGGAGAUCUGCACUCUGGUGAUCGCAGAAGUUUUCCCUGAAGAUGGAGGCAUGUUCUGCUGCUCUGCUACAAACCAGUUCGGCUCCAUCAGCUGCAGCGCUCAGCUCACCAUCAUACCAGUGUCUGAAGAUUCGCCCAGAAACGGCGUACCUAGAGACGACAGCGUCUUCGAGGACAACCGCUCCUUCCCGCCCCCUCCCCCUCCCCCGCCUACUGAAAUAAGCCUCCUGGAGCUGCCGCCCAAAACUCCACCCAGUGCUGAGGCCUUCCAGAUAAAUGAGCUAGACAUUUGGCCUAGUGUCCAGGCUGCUGCAGAUGUUGAGCACCAACCGAACGGAGCUUUUUCCAGCAGCAGUACCCCAAGCCCCCAGUCAGCAGUGAGUAUGAAGGAGAUUCCAUCCCCUACUGGAGAAGAUGCUGCACUGCCUCCGUCACCAUCGCCAGCUAAAGAAGGACCUCCGGUUCCCAUCAAGCCCAAGCCCAGACUAUUGAAUGAUGUAGCCGGCGACGACUCAAAAGAAAGGAACCCAGAACAACUGAAGCAGCUCCACGAUCAGGUCCUCCUAGAGCAGCAGGAAGCCGCUAAGUGGCAGCAAUCACAGCAGCCUGAACCGAAAGCCCCGCCCCUUCCCCAGCAGCAGCAGCAGCCGCCGCCUCAGGAGGUCCCGCCUCCAUCUCCGCCUCUUCCCCCUCCUCCCUCCUUCCAGGAGCUGGAGUGCAGCACCAUGCAGACGAGCACGUUCAACUAUGCCCGCCCCAAGCAAUUCAUCGCCGCCCAAUCUCCCAUCAGCCCCAGCGGCGGUUCGGUGAGCUACUCCACCCAGUCCUCCACCUCCUCAGGCUCCAGUUUGGCAUCGCCACUCUCGCCCUCCUCUACCCACAAACCGUUUGGCCGUGUCACCCUGCCGCCUUUCCAGCCGUUGCCUAAAGGAGGCAGCGUGGAGUCGCCAGGCUCGCCUUCCUUUCCUCCUCCUCCUCCACCCUUCCUCAGCUCUAGCACCGUCACCUCUCCCUGUGGCCCACCGCAGGACUUUCCCCCUCCGCCACCUCCGCCCCCACCUCCUGUCACCACAAGCCCCACCCGUUCUGACAGCUCCUCCCCUUUCACACCCAAGCCCCAGUCACCUGCUGGGUAUUUGGUGUCUGUGCUGCCGGCCACGCCCCCUGCACCACCUGUCAAUGCACUAGGGCUGCCCAAAGGAAACGGCACAGUCGGGUUCCUGCGGAAGAGCAACCGCACUCCACGGAUCGUAAGCGACUCCGAGAUCCAGGACUCGAAAGAUGCCGUCAUUCAAGACCUGGAGAGGAAGCUGCGCUUUAAAGAGGAACGUGUCAGCAAUGGCCAGCAGAGGUUAACCUAUGAAGAGAAGAUGGCUCGCAGGCUUCUGGGGGCUGACAACGCAGCCACAGUGUUUAACACACAACAAACAGAGGAGGAGCCCCCUACACAGGAAAGCAGUUCAGCACAUUCAGAGUUUGUCCCUCAAAAGGAGUACAAGGUGUCGAGCUUCGAGCAGCGUCUGAUCAGUGAGAUCGAGUUCCGACUGGAGCGCUCCCCGGUGGAGGAGAGCGACGAGGACGUCCAGCAUGAGGACGACCCUCUGAGGGACUGCGUGGCACCUUUCUUCGACCACAAACUCAAACACUUCAAAGUGUUCGAGGGCAUGCCGGUCACCUUCAGCUGCAAGGUCAUCGGAGACCCCAAGCCAAAGGUGUACUGGUUUAAAGAUGGAAAACAGAUCUCCAAACGGAGCGAGCACUACCGCAUCAGUCGAGAUCCGGACGGUACCUGCUCCCUGCACACAGCCGCUGCCUCUCUGGAUGACGAUGGCAACUACACCAUCAUGGCUGGCAAUCCUGGGGGCAGGGUUAGCUGCACCGGCAGGAUGAUGGUGCAGGCGGUGAACCAGAGGGGGCGGAGUCAGCGCGCUACACCCGGCCACAUCCGCAGGCCCCGCUCCAGAUCCAGGGAUGGCGGUGAGGAGAAUGAGAACAUUCAGGAACGUCACUUCCGCCCCCACUUCCUGCAGGCCCCAGGUGAUCUGAUCGUACAGGAGGGGAGACUCUGUCGCAUGGACUGUAAGGUAAGCGGGUUGCCGACACCUGAUCUGAUCUGGCAGCUGAAUGGCCAGACCAUCCGUCCAGAUUCCUCCCAUAAAAUGCUGGUGCGAGAGAACGGCGUGCAUUCGUUGGUAAUCGAGCCCGUCACUAGCAGAGAUGCAGGAGUUUACACGUGCAUUGCCAGCAACCGGGCCGGGCAGAACUCCUUCAACCUGGAGCUGAUUGUAGCUGCGAGAGAGAUGCACAAAGCUCCAUCCUUCAUCGAGAAGCUCCAGAACACCAGCGUUGCUGAGGGUUACCCUGUGCGCUUGGAAUGCCGUGUAUCCGGAGUCCCGUUCCCUCAGAUUUUCUGGAAGAGAGAGAACGAGUCAAUCACUCACAACACAGACAGAAUAAGCAUGCACCAGGACAACUUUGGCUAUCUGUGCAUGAUUAUUCAGCCAGCUUUGAAGGAGGAUGCAGGCUGGUACACGGUUUCAGCUAAGAAUGAAGCGGGCAUUGUUUCUACCACAGCACGACUCGAUAUUCACCACCACUAUCAGCAGACACACACCCCGAAGCCCAAGAAGGUGCGUCCUUCGACCAGCCGCUACGCCGCACUGACCGAACGCGGCCUGGACGUCAAAGCAGCUUUCUUCCCAGACUCCAGCCCCCUACCCCCUGGCGCCCUGGUGGAGAGUGAUGACCUGUAGAUGCUUGCUCAAGGCCUGACGCUAUAAACCCUGACCCUAUGACCCCAGUGCCACUGUCCCAGAAACAGACACCAUCGUGGCCUUAACCCGGAGGAACCUUAACCUGUCGACUGUUUAAAGCUCUUUCAGAUAAUAUAAUAGAACAUUUAAAAAAAAAGAAAAAGGUUUUCACAGAGAGAAGAGAUUCCAGUUCAUUACAAAUAUUUGGAAGAUUUGUUUUUGCUCCAUGUGAGAAGAUGGGAAGCGAGGAAGUGUGAUAAGUACUGAAGUGAGGUCAUAUCCAGUUUCUUUCAGACUACACACACACACUCUGGUGGAGGAGGAGGUACUGCACCAAUGAUCACCUUUUCUGCCAGAACUACAUCGUGCCUCCGAGAUGAUUAUACAUAACAAAAAUAUUGAAAGAAAUAAGAUGUAGCCUGUAGUUCUGCAUGUGUUACUCUGGAGCCAGUGUGUAGUACUUAAUACUCAGUGCCUUAGUCUGGAUUUUGGCUUCAGAUCUGUUCAUGUUAUAGCAGAAAGACUCGUGUAAAGAGGCGGUGGUUCUAGAGAACCUGGAUUUGGAGAGUUGGAUAGAUUUAGUGGCGUUUUGGACCCUUUUGUAGUGAAAAAUUCUUUUUAUGUGAACCACAGCAGUCUGGGUGUAGAUACACGGAUUACACUACCACAGAUACCCACCUAGUCUGGAUGCCAUAGAUAUUGCACAAGGCCGGGCCUUAUUAUUAUUAUUAUUAAUAUUAUUAUUAUUAAUAUUAAAAUUAUUAUUUUAUUUUUCUUUGUCUUUCUCUAUCUAGUGUUUGGGCAUAGGGAAGUUGAUACAGGUGCUGAACUGGGUUAUGAGGAUGGACAAUCCCCUCGCUCUGUGUUUUUUUUAACGGACAGGGAGGAGGAGGUAUCGCAGGAGAGAGGGGCAGUUUAGCGAGGCGAACAUGAGCGUCGGCUGUUGAGAGGUUACACCAGGGUUCCUCAAAUCUUGCCCUGGAGGGCCAAUCCACUGCAGAGUUUAGCUCCAACCCUGAUCACACUCCUCUACCUGUGAUGAUCCUGAAGACACUGAUUAGCGUCCUCAGGUGUGUUUGAUUAAGGGUAGAGCUAAACUCUGCAGGAAAGUGGAUCUCGUGGGCCAGAUUUGAGGAUCCCUGGGUUACAUGGUCACUUUAAAUGGUCAGGGGGAAGAAAAAAAUUACGGAAAGAAUUUAGGUUUUAGAAAUUAAGGAUACUUAUGCAGGAUUUUCUGUUCAUGCAAACACACACACAUGUACGCAAAAGCAAGUUAUAGCAUAUAGUGUAUUCACCAUUUACACACACCUGUGUACGCUUUUGAUGUCGAGGAAGAGUUGAAAUCCAGAGAGGAGUGGAGUAUUUAUAGCCAGAUGCAGACGUUAAGUUAUAUUAGUGAUUUUCUCAUGGCUUUACGCCCAAUCUUUAUUUAACUAUAUAUAUUUACCACCAUUCAAAUUAUUUACACUUAUUCUUUUUUUUUUCCUUCGUAUUAAUAUAUAUACACAUACAUACAAUUAUACACAUAUUCAGCUCUGGUACUUUAAUUACAUUACGAUAUCUUAGUUAACUAGAGUCAAGGGUAGCUGGAAUGCACACACGUAAAGCUUGCAAAAAAAAAAAAUAACUAGGCAUAUGACUUCUUCAUAUGUAACUCACUCGACUCCUUUUAGUAUCGUUCGUUUGUCCUUCUUUUUCCCGUUGCUUUUUCUGCUGUCUCCAUGCAAUACGACAUACUUAAGGACUGACGAAAAGAUUUUUGCCUGUAUAUGAACAUGUUCUUCUGACUGUUAUGGUUUUAUGAACAAUAUAAAUAAAAAUCUCUGGAAAUAAUGAAA